CAAAUAGAUAAGAAUGAGUAUACACAUUCAUGCUUCCGCUGCUUUAGUCACCACUAGACCAAGACGUCACGGCAUUACUUUCAGGAUGUGGUUUUCUGAUUUUCUCUGCCCUCCCUGCUUACAUAUACACACACACGCACACAGUCAUGGGAAGAGUCUUGCCACCACCACAGCUGCUGCUGCUGCUGCUGCUGCUGCUGUUGCUGGUAUCACUGAGUCCUGGAGGCGCACAAAGUCCCAAUCUGGCCCUGGACUGCAAUGCUGUUCUCAUAGUAGUGAAGAAACUACAAAAGCAAAUCAUAAGUAGCAAGCAGUUUACAUGGAGUGAAGCAUUUUCAAAUUCUUCUCUGUUUGUGAAGCCUGAGAGUGACUUUGAGGGCGUCCGUCUUAAUGUGCAGUCAAAUGACAGCACUAACCAUCACCAAACUGUCUUGUUCCCUGCCGAGGAGUGUUUGCCGCGCAAUGGCAAGUGGCUGCAAUUUGAUACAGGGAUACGGAAAAGAAGGAAGAGGCAUGUAUUGUACGCUAGUUGUGGUAAAAGCCGUAAGGGAUACACUAUCAGCGUCCUGCAAGGCGUUCAUACCCUCAGUGUGGAGGCUCACGGCUCUUCCAGGUGGAUAAAAGGAUUCCUACCCAAGGGCUGUGACGUCAUUCUUCCUAGUACAUCCGAGAACGAACAACUGGCCACCAGCAAGAAGUCUUCAUCCUCUGCCACCACCACCACGACCACCUUUUCCUCAGGGACACAGGAAAGAAUGAUAAUCAUAGCGUCAACAGCAGGAGUGGUGGUUUUCGUGGUAAUGGUGGUGGUAAUAGUCUGUCGGAAAUGGAAUUCCAUGGUAUCACGAAUUAAGGCGAGGUUUCAGUCUCAGCCUACCGUCCCCCGCUGCCACCUGCAGUUCACCACAGGCCAGGGACUCACCGUAGACCAAGACAAUGAAGGUUUCUAUUACGAUAUCAUGCCUAACGGCACAGCACGCCGAGUGAUGGUGUCGCAGCCUGCACAAUCCCAGCCUGAAGUCCCCAACCACCACUUGCAGUUCACUACCGGCCAGGGAUACACCCCAGAUCAAGACGAGGAAGCCGUCUAUUACGAAAUUCUGCCUAACCUCACAGAACGUCGAGUGAUAAUGUCACGGCCCGCACAUGACUCGGAGGAACCCUUGUACAGUGAUAUAAUGCCCGAACUUGACGUGCAACCUCGCUCACCUUUUUACGAAAAUGUGCUUUUGCACGGUGGUGCUGCCAUCCCUCACGGUCGCCUGGAGGCUCAAGGAGUCAGUGUGUCACACAUCCACGGCACGGUGCUGUAGACAACCUGCACUGCAGGCUGGAAAAUAUAGCCAGAAGACUGUAAGAAAACCAAUAACUGUGUUUUGUGAAGGAGCAGCAUUUAGGGAGACCAGUUCUUCAAGUAUUUGUCAAUGUUGUCUUGUGAUUUGCUUAGCUAGGUUUAUUUUACCAGAACUGAUCUUUGUUCGAUGGUUUGUCCAAGAGUGGCCUUGGUUGACUGGUGCAGCCCAGUGACCAGUGCGCACUCCCUGUUGGGGCGGUGGACCAGUGUGCACUCCUUGCUGGGGCGCCGGAUCAGUGUGCACUCCUUGCUGGGGCGCCGGACCAGUGUACACUCCCUGCUGGGGCGCCGGAGCAGCGUGCACUCCCUGCUGUGGCGCCGCACAGAGGUGUGAUGAAAACCAAAGUUCCAAGAUAGCACGCUCAAAAAUCAGGAAAUUACUUGCAUAGCAUUAAGGCACUAUUUUCAGAAUUAUUGUUGACUUUGCGAUGUCAGUGUAAUAAAUACCGAAGCU